AUGAAAUUAUUAACAACUGGUAUUAACAUCAUCUUACUGUUAAAUCUCGUAUAUGGUCUGUGGAUAGAUGACGAAAAUGGUGCAGUGAAAAUUGAUCAAGUUGAAGAAUCGUUCAUAGAUUCAAUUUAUGGAGAUUUGGUACAAACCUCGGAAUCUUACGAAUACAAAUUGAAAUUGUACAACGAGGGGAAAUUAAAGGUUUACAAAGAAGAGGAAUACAAGGAGAAUGAUCUAGAAUUUAUGUUAAAUCAAUUACUCGAAUCUCAAGAAUAUAGUACAUUUCUGGAAUAUCUUGAGAGUUCAUCUUCAGUUAAUUAUGCAAUUAAUUCUCACAAUGCUUUUCGUAAGUAUAAGAGUAAAGCCAAUUACCCUGAUGAUGAUGAUACAUCAGAUCUUUUGACUAUAGAUAAGUUUGGUGGUAUAUUAACUUUUGGACACUUCAAAUAUUUUAAUUGUUUCAAUCCAAAGCUGAACUCCAAAAAAAUUGAUAUAGCAAUUGUAGGUGCUCCAUUCGACACUGGUGUUAGUUUUCGUCCUGGAGCAAGAUUUGGCCCAGAAGCCAUCAGACAAGCAUCCAGAAGAGGAUUUGGACGCACACCGGUCAGGGGUAAUGGUAAGCCCAAUUCUAAAUUAUCUAAGGUAGAUCCUUAUAACACUAGUCUUAGCAUUAUUGAUUGCGGUAAUAUCCCAAUGACUCCCUAUGAUAAUAGAAUUGCUUUAAAUCAAUUAUAUCGUGGAGAGAGAGCCAUUCAUAACCAUGAACCUACCAUUUCCGCAAACGGAUCCCCAAAGAUUAUUACUAUGGGAGGUGACCACACUAUUACUUUAAUGGCUUUAAAAUCUGCGUAUGAAAAAUAUGGAAAAGUAUCUGUGUUACAUUUUGACUCUCAUAUUGAUACUUGGAAUCCUAAAAUUUUGGGAGGUGGUAUAACAAACUAUAUGUCACUUAACCAUGGAACUUUUCUUCAUUACGCGGCAGAAAAUGGCUAUCUUAAUACUUCAAGUUGCAUGCAUUUGGGAUUAAGAGCUCCAUAUAUUAGUGCAGAAUAUGAUAUCAAACAUGACCAUGAAUGUGGAUUUGAAACGAUUACUGCUAGAGAUUUUGACAAUGUGGGAAGAGAUGAGAUUAUUGAAAGAGUAAAAGAAAGAGUUGGAAACCUGCCAGUAUACAUAUCUGUAGACAUUGACGUUUUGGAUCCUUCUAAUGCACCAGGUACAGGUACUAUGGAAGUUGGAGGAUGGACUACUAGAGAAUUACUUAGCGUGAUAGAUGGAUUAGAAGGAAUUAAUUUAAUUGGUGCAGAUGUGGUUGAAGUAAGUCCCCCAUUUGACACAAAUUCUGAAAUCACCAGUUUAGCAGCAACUGCAGUGAUUGAUUCAUUUUUAGGUCUAAUGAUUGUACAAGAUUUAUAG